UCCUGCGUUUGAGCGAAGAAGAAGGGUGGCACCGAUGGCUUCAAUCAGGCUUGAUGACAAAUGGGAUAGAGAUGAUUUAUUAAGACAAGCACACUCUAAAGAUUGUGAAAAUAUCAGAAGGACUGAGCCAAUAAAUCUUGUCCUUCAGGAGUGGCAAAAGACGGAUGGAACGAACAAUAAAGGAGGCAAUAAGGAGGGAACAGAGAGAGAGAGAGAGAGAGAGAGAGAUGGUGGCAGGAUCUCUAUGGGGCCCCUUGGUUUUUGGUCAACAAAGAGACGUGCCAGACGCUGAUUCUAAGUCUGGAAAACUCUACAGUUUGGGAAUACUCCUGUCAUCCAGCUACAGUCGGUGUGGAACAUUCAAAGCGACCCUGGCUCCUGUAAAGAUGGCUGACGAGGUGCAGCCUGACUCCAAUAACCUGCAGAUACCAGGCGAAGCCGUCUCCACGCCGUCGUCUCCAGCCACAGCCAGGAGUGAUUGCGGGAUCACACCGCUCACACCCUCGGCCUCACCGAGGGUGGAGGUCAGACCCAGAAUGGCUUGUCCAUUCUCUGUUGUCGUGGCGAUAGACUUCGGGACAACCUCCAGCGGCUACGCUUUCAGCUUCACCCAGGACUCAGAGGCCAUACACAUGAUGAAACGCUGGGAAGGCGGCGACCCCGGAGUGGCCAACCAGAAGAGCCCGACGUGCCUGUUGCUGACUCCUGAUUUACGGUUCCACAGCUUUGGGUUUUCAGCGCGAGACUUCUACCACGACCUAGACCCGGAGGAGGCCCAGCACUGGCUCUACUUUGAUAAAUUCAAAAUGAAGAUCCACAGCACAAGUGACCUCACGAUGGAGACAGAGCUGGAGGCGGUUAACGGCCGGAAGGUCAGGGCCAUUGAGGUGUUUGCACACGCACUCCGUUUCUUCAGAGAGCAUGCUCUCAAGGAGGUGAAGGACCAGUCCUCAUCGGUUUUGGAGGGGGAGGAGGUGAGAUGGGUGAUUACCGUUCCUGCUGUGUGGAGACAACCGGCCAAGCAGUUCAUGAGAGAGGCCGCAUACCUGGCAGGUCUGGUGUCUCCUGACUGUCCUGAGCAGCUCCUCAUUGCUCUGGAGCCGGAAGCUGCAUCCAUUUAUUGCCGGAAGCUCCGCCUCCACCAGGUGAUUGACCUGAGCAUGCAGCCAAUCACCAACGGCCUGGAUCUGGACGGAUCCCGGCCCUUCGACUCCAGCUUCAGACAAGCUCGGGAGCAGCUGAGGCGAUCCAGACACAGCAGAACCUUUUUGGUGGAGAGCGGGACUGGAGAGUUGUGGUCGGAACUGCAGACCGGUGACAGGUACGUUGUUGCCGACUGUGGAGGAGGGACAGUUGACUUGACGGUUCAUCAGAUUGAGCAGCCACAGGGAACGCUGAAAGAACUCUACAAGGUUUCAGGUGGCCCCCACGGCGCCGUUGGGGUAGACCUGGCUUUUGAAGCCAUGUUGUGCCAGAUCUUUGGCGAGGACUUCAUUCAGAGCUUCAAAGUGAAGCGACCGGCGGCCUGGGUGGACCUCAUGAUUGCAUUCGAAGCCAGGAAACGGACAGCGUGGCCAGGCCGGGCCAACGCCCUCAACAUCUCCCUGCCCUUCUCUUUCAUCGACUACUACAAGAGACACAGAGGGCAGAGCGUGGAGGCUGCCCUGAGGAGGAGCAAUAUGAAGAUAGUGAAGUGGUCAUCCCAGGGAAUGCUGCGGCUGACACAGGAAGCAAUGAACGAGCUGUUCCAGCCCACCAUCUGCAAUAUAGUCAAGCACAUCGAUGAGCUGAUGGCGAAGCCCGAGGUCAGCGGUGUGCGCUUCCUAUUCCUGGUCGGGGGUUUUGCUGAGUCGCCCAUGCUGCAGAAAGCGAUCCAGAAGGCUUUGGGAAGGACGUGUCGCAUCAUCAUCCCUCACGAUGUUGGCCUGACCAUACUGAAGGGCGCAGUGCUCUUUGGGCUGGAUCCCACUGUGGUCAGAGUGAGGAGAUGCCCUUUGACCUAUGGGGUUGGUGUCCUGAACCGGUUCGUCGAAGGACGCCACCCUCGGGAUAAACUCCUCCUCAAAGAUGGCCGUGAGUGGUGCACGGACAUCUUUGACCGCUUCGUCUCCGUGGACCAGUCGGUCGCUCUGGGAGAAGUUGUAAGGAGGAGUUACACGCCCGCCAGGGUCGGCCAGCGGAAGAUCAUCAUCAACAUCUACUGCAGCUCAACGGACGACAUCACGUACAUCUCCGACCCUGGCGUCAGGAAGUGCGGGACGAUGACGCUGGACUUACCAGGACCGUCGCCGACCCCUGGAGCAGCAGGUGGAGGGGGAGCAGAGAGACGAGAGAUCAGGGCCACCAUGCAGUUUGGAGAUACAGAAAUCAAAGUCACAGCCGUGGAUGUCACGUCUAACCGCUCCGUAAGGGCUUCCAUAGACUUCCUGUCCAACUGAACAGGAAUAGAGGAGGCUGAAGAACAUUUUCUGAAACUUCCAUUUGAGACCUUCACAGGGUAUCUGCAUGUUUAAGGGAGCCAAAUUUAAGACUUUUAAAGACCUUUUUAAGGCCACUUUGACCAAAUUUAAGCUAUUUUUUUUAUUUCUUUCAAGCUAUAAUUUCCAGCUAUUGCCUGGAACCGGUGCUAACCACGUCGCGAACGUGGGAUUAGCCAUCCAGUUACCAUUAAACUUGCACUUCCCCAUGGCGCACGCUCCCACUAGCUUAACCAGCUAACGUGCUCAUCUAUAAAUAGCCCCCUUUCACAACCAACUGAAUGUGUACGGUUCCGUUUAUGCAACUAUGAUACACAUAAAAUGCUGAACACUAAGUAGAAAUUCACGAAAAUUUUAUAGAAAUAAAAAUAUCUUGUUUAUUGGGUCUUUGGUAAUUUAAGACCUUUGGAAACUGUAUUUAAGGAUUAUUUGUCAUUUUUAAGGCCUUAAAUUUGGAAAAGCUAAUUUAAGACUUUUUAAGGCCACUUUGACCAAAUUUAAGCAUUUUUUUUUAUUUCUUUCAAGCUAUUAUUUCUAGCUAUUUCCUGGAACUGGUGCUUUUUAAGGACCCGCGGAUACCCUGGAAGAAAGUCUUCUGCUUUACACGAGAAGUUAUCACCAGAUGGAGGCUGAAACGAACCUCUUAUGACCGAAAGACCUCACAGAACAAACUACCUAGAGACUCUACUCAAAGACCUUUUCCUCACAUUAGAUCCUGCCACGGAACCCGUUUCUGCGACGGUGGUGCGCCAUCUAGCGGUGAAAGGACUACAUCUAAAACUCGUUGAGAGGGUCCUGGAUUACAAAGGAUUGGGACAUGACGUCACUGGGAUUACUGUUGGUGACGCAAAAGAAAGAUUUAUGUAAAAUUAAAGCCCUAGGACCCCCCCAUGCUCACCAAAGGUUAAUCAGUGCUAAACUGACUUUUCUUGUUGGCAAUAAUUAAAAAUAAAACAAAAGCUUGUUUGGGGGAGGGGCUUCUUUACCUGCCAAGAUGCUGCAGCUCCACGAGAGAAACCAGGUGCAGCUCUGCACCCUCAUCACACUGCAGACAUCAAAGGUGCUAUUACGUGUUUUAGUGCAGCUCAUUAAACAUUCUAGGGAUGCUCUGCGCCUCAUCACCUCUGGUCAGGAUUAACUCAACACCCCCGUGCAUCUUGUUUCACAUGUAACGUACUUCCUGUUAUUAAAUAAAAGAAAGAGCCUCGUCUUUGACUCGGGACAGGAACACACCACCUCCUGAA